AUGGCCCUGCUCCUUUGGAUCGCCGCCGUUGGGACACGCUAUCCAUACCAUCACGAUCAUUACACAGUAGAGAGGUGCGGCUCACUGUCGCGGCGUCCUCAACGCCGUCCCGAGAUGAUCGUCAUAUAG